GCUGGGAGGGCUCCGGGUGCCGCCCCGCGGCGGUCGAGGCUGGCGGGGGCUGAGGGCGGGAGCUGAGGGCUCAGCACGGAGGUGGAUUCAGGCAGACCCCAGGAAUCAGGUAGUCUUGGCUAGGACUUGGGAGCAAUGUCACAACAACUUCUCUACCGUGCUCUCGUAUCUGCAAAAUGGCUCUCAGAAGCCAUCAAGUCCCAGCAGGCUGGCUUGGCCUUGAGAAUCGUGGAUGCAUCCUGGUAUUUGCCGAAGAUGAAGCGUGACCCAAAGCGGGAAUUUGAGGAGCGCCACAUCCCUGGUGCAGUUUUCUUCGACAUUGACCAGUGCAGCGACCGUACUUCACCUUACGAUCACAUGUUGCCCAAGGCUAAUGACUUUGCUGAGUAUGUGGGGAAGCUAGGUGUGGGGAAUGAUUCCCAUGUUGUAGUGUAUGAUGGCAGCGAUCAAGGCCUCUUCUCGGCACCCCGGGUGUGGUGGAUGUUCCGGGCCUUUGGACAUGAAGCUGUCUCCCUUCUGGAUGGUGGCCUGAAGAACUGGCAGCGAGAGGGGAAUGCACUGAGCUCUGGGAAAAGCCAGGUAGCUCCCACUGAGUUCCACGCCUCCUUGGACAAGUCCCUGGUGAAAACAUAUGAAGAUGUGUUAGAUAACAUGGAUUCCCACCGCUUCCAGUUAGUGGAUGCACGCGCUGCAGGACGGUUCCGGGGAAUAGAGCCAGAGCCCCGAGACGGAAUAGAGCCUGGUCAUGUCCCUGGGUCGAUGAACAUCCCCUUCACUGACUUCCUCACAGAGUCUGGCUUAGAGAAGACCCCUGAGCAGAUCCGCAGUCUGUUCCAGGAGAAGAAGGUGGACCUCUCGAAGCCAGUGGUAGCCACGUGUGGCUCUGGGGUCACUGCCUGCCAUGUGGCUUUGGGUGCAUAUCUCUGUGGCAAACCAGAUGUCGCUGUGUACGAUGGGGCCUGGGUGGAGUGGUACAUGAGGGCGCAGCCUGAAAAUAUUAUUUCUGAAGGAAAGGGGAAGACGGUGUAGUAAGCUGCUUCGUCUCCCACCUGUACGGAUUUUAGAAUCAUGGAAUCAUUAAAGUUGGAAAAGACAUCUAAGAUCAUCAAGCCUGAAGAUAAUUUGCCUUGAAACAAGAUUUGGAAAAGAUGGGUUUAGCAUUCCUGGUUAAGUGUUGUGACAUUAAAGUGCUGGGUAACAAGUCCAGGCUCAUGGUGCUUCAGCACUUUAUCCUUACCUUUCUGCUGCGGCUUAGGAGCAUGAAGAUGACCUGGGCAGCCAGCUCUAAGUGACCCUGCUUGAGCAAGUGGGUGAAUGAGAUGUCCUCCUGAGGUCAUUUUCAAUCUCAGCAAAUGAUUCCAUGACUUUUUUUAUAGCAUCAUAUGGAAGGGAGACAGUGCUGGUGGCAGUGUGGGGAAGUAAUUGAGUCAAGCCAAGCUCAUGAGUUGGGACAUUCCACCACCUUCAUUCACAAGAUGGUCAGGCUUGUAUAACUAUGCCUCAUGAUCUUGUUCUGUGCCUCUGUCCUGGAAGACAUCCAUGCAUUUUAUGGCCUUUUUAAGUGCAAAACUUAGGGGAAAAGCAUAGCUUUUAAAGGAGCAAAUAUGGCUUCCAGUUUGCCACUUAGGUUAGAGACUUGAUUGGGAUUUCUUCUUGCACUUGGACUCUAACUGCAAUAUGUACUUAGCCAGUUUUGUACCCCCAUAGUCCAAAACACCUUUUGGAGUAAAAAAAAAAAAAAAAAUUGGGAUUAAAAGAAAGUAAAUAAACCUGUGUUUCAAGGUCUUUCUACUGAA